AUGAGUGCGAGCCGAGACAAAGCCUACAACCCAAUGGCGAGGUCACGCCUUCUAUCUCAGUUCUCAGAUAAGGCGCCUGCCACUCCUCUCCAGCUGGCGAAUAGCGAUGGAUUAUUGUCUUCGCUAAGAGGAAAUGAAGUGAUUCUACUGUUGAUUAUCCUCGGCGCAGAGCAGCUAUUGCUUCUUUUUGUCAUAGAUGCUUAUAUGGGUUUCCUUUGGCGGCAGUGUGAAGUCUGCCGGUCCAGAAAGUCACGUUGCGACGGCAGUAAACCGAAAUGCAAACUGUGCGCCGAAUUGGGCGCCGAGUGCGUCUAUCGCGAGCCUGGUGUCAAGCUGGACGCUGGUGACAAGCUGAUUCUCGAACAACUCAAUCGUACUGAGAAUUUACUGCAAAUAAACUUGGUCACGAACCAGGCCAGUGGCCUCCACCUGUCACAAAGUUCACCAUCAGUUAGUAACGGGACUGCCAGUGGCGGCGACCAAGCCCUUCUGUCAAACUCCUCAAAUACCGCCUCUACCAUUCCCAAUGGCGGUCUGGGCACAUGGGGUAGAAACGGCUUUGUCGAACGGCUUUCGGGAAGGCCCCGAGAGUUGUAUCGCGCUACUAGUGCUAGCACUUGGCAACGCAAGCCUCCGAGGAACAUGAUAACGACCAAGAAUGUCCUCGCGGCGCAAUGUCAUUUGCUUGCGGCGGCGUAUCUAUUUUACCUGGUUCGGCCUCUGGAGGCUUGGAACUUGCUUUGCACGACGAGCACCAAGCCGCAACUUCCCCUAAUGGCCCCUCACAGGAUUUCACAACGGCAGCGGGAACUGGUGGAAAGAACAUACUGGAACACGCUUUUACUUGAGAGCGAUGUACUUGCAGAACUGGAUUUACCGCAUUUCGGAAUAGUGCAGUUCGAGAAGAACGUUGGACUGCCAGGCGGUUUUGAGGGCGAGGAGCAGGGACAGGAACAGAUUGGGCAUGAUGAUCUAUGGUACUUCCUCGCCGAGAUUGCUUUGCGAAGACUCCUUAACCGAGCGAACCAGCUCAUAUAUUCCAAAGAUUCUGUGGCAUCAACGACAAGUCCGGAACCCGUUGUGGCAGAGCUGGACUACCAAUUAACCCAGUGGUAUGAAGGCCUGCCGCCUUCACUGCAGUUUCCUUUCUCUCGCACAAUGUUGCAUGACCCGAUCCAAGCGGUCCUGCGUUUACGCUUCUAUGCUUGUAAAACUAUUAUCUAUCGCCCUUAUAUUUUGGCUGUACUGGAAAACGAGCAAGCGGUCUUAGACCCGGCGGUUCGGGGUUGUUGCCACAAGUGCUUGGAAGCAUCAGUGCGGCAGUUGGAACACAUUAUGGAGCAUCACGCUGGACAGAUGUCCUAUAUAUGGCAAGCAUUGGACGACCUUAUCAGUGAAGUUAUCACGGGGGUGCAGAAUUAUGCAUCCCUGGCACCAAGUUUGAGGCUGGCAGUCAGUAUGGCCCGGGUACGGGAGCCACGGUUUGUGUUGUCACAACGCCGGGCCAUUAGCCCCGGACAAUAA